AUGCUGGUCCCUGCCCUGCUUGUCCUCUUCUUCUGCAUCAGAGGGCGCGCAGGCACGUCGCCCCAUUUCCUGCAACAGCCUGAGGACCUAGUGGUGCUGCUGGGGGAGGAGGCCCGGCUGCCUUGCGCUCUGGGCGCGUACGGGGGACUGGUUCAGUGGACCAAGGACGGGCUGGCUCUAGGGGGUGAAAGGGACCUGCCAGGGUGGUCCCGGUACUGGAUAUCAGGGAAUGCAGCCAGCGGCCAUCAUGAUCUCCACAUUAGGCCUGUGGAGCUAGAGGAUGAAGCAUCGUAUGAAUGUCAGGCUACACAAGCAGGACUCCGCUCUCGACCAGCCCAAUUACACAUACUGGUGCCCCCAGAAGCCCCCCUGGUCCUGGGAGGCCCCUCUGUGUCUCUGGUUGCUGGAGUUCCUGCGAACCUGACCUGUCGAAGCCGUGGGGAUGCCCGCCCCACCCCUGAGCUGCUGUGGUUCCGAGAUGGGAUCCAGUUGGAUGGGGCCACCUUCCACCAGACUAUGCUGAAGGAAGGGACCCCUGGGUCAAUGGAGAGCACCUUAUCCUUAACCCCUUCCAGACGUGAUGAUGGAGCCACCUUGGUCUGCCGAGCUCAGAGCCAGGCCCUACCUGUGGGGAGGGACACAGCUAUUACGCUGAGUCUGCAGUAUCCCCCAGAGGUGACUCUGUCUGCUGAGCCACAGACUGUGCAGGAAGGAGAGAAAGUCACUUUCCUGUGCCAGGCCACGGCCCAGCCUCCUGUCACCGGCUACAGAUGGGCAAAGGGGGGCUCCCCGGUGCUCGGGGCCAGAGGGCCAAUGUUGGAGGUCCUGGCAGAUGCCUCGUUCCUGACUGAGCCGGUGUCCUGCGAGGUCAGCAACGCCGUGGGUAGCGCCAACCGCAGCACCGCGCUGGAUGUGCUGUUUGGGCCGAUUCUGCUGGCAAAGCCAGAGCCAGUGUCGGUGGACGUGGGGGGAGACGCCGCCUUCAGCUGCGCCUGGCGCGGGAACCCGCUCCCACGGGUAACCUGGACCCGCCGCGGUGGCUCGCAGGUGCUGGGCUCCGGGCCCACGCUGCGUCUUCCGUCGGUAGGGUCGGAGGACGCAGGCGACUAUGUGUGCAGGGCUGCGCCGGGGCUCUCGGGCCUGGGCGGUGGCGCCGCGGAAGCGAGGUUGACUGUGAACGCUCCGCCAGUAGUGACGGCCCUGCCCUCCGCGCCUGCCUUCCUGAGCGGCCCCGCCCGCCUCCAGUGUCUAGUUUUCGCCUCUCCCGCCCCAGAAGCCGUGGUCUGGUCUUGGGAUGAGGGCUUGAUGGCGGAGGGGUCUCAGGGACGAUUCCUGGUGGAGACAUUCCCGGCCCCGGAGGCCCGCAGGGGACCGGGUCCAGGCCUGAUCUCUGUGCUACACAUUUCGGGGACCCAGGAGUCCGACUUUAGCAGGGGCUUUAACUGCAGUGCCCGGAACCGGCUUGGUGAGGGAGGCACCAGAGUCAGCCUGGACCGUAGAGACUUGCUGCCCACUGUGCGAAUUGUGGCUGGAGUGGCCACAGCAGCCACAACUCUCCUUAUGGUCAUCACCGGGGUGGCCCUCUGCUGCUGGCGCUAUGGCAAGGGUCAGUGCUCUUUCUCAGAGCAAAAGAACAUGGUGCGAAUCCCCGGCAGCAGCGACGGCUCCAGUUCUCGGGCCCCCGAGGAGGAGACAGGCAGCUGUGAGGACCAGGGCCCCAUUGUGCAGACGGACCACAGUGACCUGGUUCUGGAUGAGGAAGGAGCUCUGGAGACCAAGGAUCCAACCAAUGGUUACUACAAGGUCCGAGGGGUCAGUGUGAGCUUGAGCCUUGGUGAAGCCCCUGGAGGAGGCCUCUUCCUGCCACCCCCAUCCCCCCUUGGGCCCCCAGGGACCCCUACCUUCUAUGACUUAAACCCGCACCUGGGCAUGGUCCCCCCCUGCAGACUGUACCGAGUCCGGGCAGGCUAUCUCACCACACCUCAUCCUCGAGCUUUCACCAGCUACAUCAAACCCACAUCCUUUGGGCCCCCAGAUCUGGCCCCUGGGACUCCCCCCUUCCCAUAUGCUGCCUUCCCCACACCCAGCCACCAGCGUCUGCAGACUCAUGUGUGA